CAUUGAAAUAUAACCUAGAGCCCAGAGGACGCACCGACGCAUUGUUUUUUUCUUUUAUAUUUCUUAAUAAAUUCUACAAAAAUGGGUGAAGAAUCCGUCGAUAAUAAUCCGAAUAAGAAAAGGCAAAGAAAGAAACGUAAGAAUUUCUUAUCAAAUGCAAAGAAAUAUGCGAAAAAGGGUCAAAUGGGACGCGGUACUAAGAUCCCAGACGAAUUGUACCAGUACUUCGUGGGAAUUCUUGAUGUAAUUAAGCAGGGAAUCGAAGAUCCUGAAGAAAGAACAUCACUCGUCAACAACGUGUUAGAAAGAACCAAGGGAGAAGAGUUCAAUGUUAUCGGUAAUCAGCUUGGAUGCCGUCUCGUAGAAAUUCUCCUACCAUACUCCUCGGAAGAAGACUUACAAAGGUACAUUGAUGUACUGUCACCGGAAGUACGUAGGCUGUGUUCAGAUAACUUCACGAGUCAUGUCGUUGAAACAUUAUUACGUGUCUGUUGUGAAAGAGCUACAAAACACUUACAAAAUAAUGAUGAUCAUCCAGAUGAAGCACCAAGGAAGAAAGUUAAACUGGAAAAGGAAUCAAGUGGAUAUACAAAAGAACAUAUAAACGUAUGCCACGAAUUUACACUUAAAGUAUGUAAAUAUGCCGUUAAUAACUUGGAAGAUUUCGUUUGGGACCAAUACGCUAAUCAUAUUCUACGUAGCGCCUUAAAAUGUUUAAGCGGUAUCACUUUAUUACCGGGAGAGAAACCAAAAGUUAAUCUUUUUAAAGAAACAGUCCAAGACAACAAGGGAAUACCUCCGCAUCAAACCGAAAUGAAGUAUAAAGUUGUACCAGAUGAGUUCAAAGAAAUAGUAACGCAAUUUGUGCACAGAUUAACAGUGUGGCCACAGUUUAAAGAUUUACCGUAUCAAAACUUAACAUCUGCAUUGUUACAAGUUUUACUAUAUGCCGUUAAAAAUGUUGAUAAAAAUUUAACUAAAAGCUUAGUAAAAAAGCUGUUGAAUGAAAGCUUUGCUCCUGAGGAUUGGGAGACAACUGGUAUGGAUGAGAAAAAGGAAGAUAAAGCUGAUAUUGACGCGGAAGCUAAUAAUGAGCAAAGCGUUAGGGCCAGUAAUUUACCUCCUGUGUUUGGAUCUGAAUCGGCUGUCAGGUUACUUGAAGCAGCGCUAUUUGUGUCAAAGAAAAAAAUGUACACACAGAUAUACGCCCGUUGCUUCAUCAACAGAUUGGGGCAGCUCGCCACUAUGCCCAUGUUGAACUUUACAGUUCAACGUCUCAUCGACACUUGUCAUGUUAAAGAAGAGUUUGAACCAAUGUUUGAAGAGUUGUCAAGUAAAUACAGUGCGUUACUGGCUUGUGGCAACACUGGUGUGUUGGUAGCACUGGCGAAGGCCUGUCUCAGGAUGAAGGCGAAACAAAUGCAGUUUAUACAGAACCUAGAAAAAGCACUAAAUUGUUCAGAAGCAGAAAAUCAGAAGCAUUUCCCGGUGCAGUGUCUAAAGAUGUUGCCUCUCAGUACUAACGACACCAAGGAGUACUUCAUUAACGUCCACGGGUCUGUUGUGUUGCAAACAAUAUUAGAUUUUCAACGUCCAGCAAAAGCAGUAUCAGGGCUCCUUGAACUUUCUCCUGAUGAGCUGUUGUAUAUAUUCAGUGACCCGAAGGGCUGUCACGUAGCUGAUGGCUUUUGUAAGGGACAGUUUGUGGGCGUUAAGGCGAGGGACAAGCUUAUAUGGAAACUUAAGGGAUACUAUCAAAAGCUAGCUCUGUCACAGCACGGCUCCAGAGCGUUUGAACAAAUAUUCGAGGCGGCUACCCUCGAACAGAAGGUCAAGAUAAUGACCGAGAUAUCAGACAAGAGCAAUCUACUCAACAGUACUAACUACGGGAGGCUGAUAGCUGCUAAAGUGGACGUUAACACUUUUAAGGCAUCGCAGAAGAAAUGGGAAGAAAGUAGGAAGAAAAUUGAUAAAUAAAUAUUUAAAAAAAUUAUUGAGUGUUAA